AUGCUGAGGCUCAUCGCCGUGUUGCCUGCUCUCAUUGUGAUGCUGAAGGAGUGGGAUGAAACCUUGUACGCGCUCGUGACAAGCUACAGGUUUCAUUUCCUACUGUUCUUCAUUGCUGAUGUGCUGGAGCAGCUCAACAUCCUCAACCGGGCUUUCCAGCACAAGGAGCUGGAUUAUGCCAGUGUCCAUGCGCAGAUAAAGCGCACAACCUCCCACAUCGAGAGCCGCUAUGUCGACUGCGGCGAUGACUUCGGUGCUGGCGUGAGCAAGAGGUUGUCUCCUUUCCUCGCGCGUCAUGGGCCUGGAGGAAAUAGGGAGGUGACUGCCGAGGGUGUGGACUCCGACGGGCGCCCUGCACGCUUCAAGUUCAAGCUGCAUGAGGACACCCUGGAGGAGUUUGAGGGUCCCGCGAAUCAUGAUGGCUGCGUGGACGUGUGCACCGAGUUUGCGUAG